AUGUACACGGAGUCGGAGGCCGCCCGCGUUCACUCUCUCGCCGUCAGCCGCGAUUACGGCAGCGCCCCGCGGCUCACCCCAUUGUCCCCAUUGUCCCCACUGACCCCAUUGGCCCCAUUGGCCCCAUUGAUCCCUUCAGGUCGUGUGUUCAAUGGCUCCGCCCGCCCCAUUGAUGGCGGCCCCCCAGUGCUGGCUGAGGACUACCUGGACAUCAAUGGGCAGCCCAUUAACCCCCACGGCCGCACGUACCCGGCUGAGAUGAUCGAGACGGGGAUCUCGGCCAUCGACGUGAUGAACAGCAUCGCACGGGGGCAGAAGAUCCCCAUCUUCUCUGCUGCGGGGCUGCCCCACAACGAGCUGGCCGCUCAGAUCUGCCGCCAGGCCGGCCUCGUGCAGCGCUCCAAGGACGUGCUGGAUUUCCACCAGGAAAACUUUGCCAUCGUAUUCGCCGCCAUGGGGGUGAACGCGGAGACGGCGCGGUUCUUCAAGUCGGACUUUGAGCAGAGCGGGGCCCUGGGCAACGUCUGCCUCUUCCUCAACCUGGCCAACGACCCCACCAUUGAGCGCAUUGUGUCCCCAUGUCUCUCUCUUGCCCAUACUCUCGCCCCCUGCCGUCCAUCCCAGGUCUCCGCAGCCCGUGAGGAGGUUCCGGGCCGUCGCGGUUUCCCCGGUUACUUGUACACGGAUUUGGCCACGAUCUACGAACGGGCCGGGAGGGUGGAGGGGCGGGGGGGCUCCAUCACCCAGAUCCCCAUCCUCACCAUGCCCAAUGAUGACAUCACUCACCCCAUCCCGGAUCUCACGGGUUUCAUCACUGAGGGGCAAAUCUACAUCGACCGGCAGCUGCACAACCGGCAGAUUUACCCCCCCAUCAACGUUCUCCCGUCAUUGUCCCGGUUGAUGAAAUCCGCCAUCGGGGACGGGAUGACACGGCGCGACCACGGCGACCUGAGCAACCAGCUGUACGCGUGUUACGCCGCGUCCCGUGACGUCGUGGCCCUGAAGUCGGUGGUUGGGGAGGAGGCGCUGACGGCCGAGGAUCGACUGCACCUGGAUUUCAUACAGCGCUUUGAGCGGCGCUUCAUCGCACAGGGUCAGUGUGGGGAGAUGGGGGGAGAUGUGAGGAGAUGUGGGGAGAUGCCACCGCGUUCCUGUUGA